GUAUGAUGGAUAUACAGACCAGUGGGAGUAUAGUUAGCAGUGAGAGUGCAUUGACCCCGACAAUUGACAGUAUCAAUGUCAACAAAUCCACCAGAGUUCACAUCGGCCCCAAGUUUGUGUCCGUCACGCAGAAUGUGCAGAACGUCGAGGUUGUUAAAGGUCGUCUCCUGGGCUUGCAGCUGGUGUCGUCGCAGCACAACCGGCUGAGCUGCAGCGCCGCGGUGUUCGUGUGCUGGUCGCUGGUCGUCGCGUCCGCGCUGGUGGUGUACAUAGUCCACAUCGCGCUGCCUAAGCCCAGCAUCAUCGACCUCGACAUACAAGCAGACUGGUACCUCCGACGCCUAGAAUGGCACGCGAUGCCCGCAUACACCGUAGAAUUCCUCCAAACGCCGCUCCAAUACGUCAUCAUCGGUCACUCCGUCACCGACUUCUGCGACGAGAGAUUCCAGUGCAUAGAGACCAUGAUGAUGAUCCAAGAGAACGAUCUAAGGAGAGGCUUCGGGGACAUCGAACCGAACUUUCUAGUUGGCGGCAAAGGGCUGGUGUUCGAAGGACGCGGCGCCAACGUUUUCAGCGCGAUGGUCACAGCAUGGAACGAGAAGAGCAUCACCAUUUCCUUCAUAGGCAACUACGUCACUGACAUACCCGAUCAGGCGCAAUUUGACCAUCUCAACAUCAUUUUGACGAGCCUCGUCAAACACGGGAUUUUGAGACGCGACUAUAUCGUGUACGGGCAGUGCCAAGUCCAGCCGUUGACGGUUCGUCCCGGACCGCAAAUCAUGAGACGCAUGAGCAAUUUUCAACAUUGGGACCCUAUUAAUCACACACAAUAUUGCUUGUCAGGAUCAGACCGAUCGGCACUGUAAAAUAUCAUAAGAGCAUAUUGAUUAUAAUAUUAUUUACUGCACAAAGUUAUGAUGAAAAGUUGAAAUACCAUCUUUUAAGGUUUGAGGUCCUUCGAUGACAUCAUUAUUUACAAAACACGCCUUGUUUGACGAUAUUAUAACUAUACAGAGUGGAACAAAACUUCAAGAUAAUGUUAAGGGUGUGUAUGUAUAAUAUAGAAUUCGCUAUAAAAGUAGCAGCGCUAACAGAGCAAAUUUUUUCAUGAUUUUUAUGGGCAAGCAACCCAGCGCGCAGCGCUAGGGAUUUUUCCAUACAAAAGUUUAAAAAAGUUACUCUUUCAGUGCUGCUACUUUGACAGUGAACUCUUUACAGGGGAUUCAUACGCACCCUAGAGUCUUAUCACUUAGUUACAACUUACACCUUGUAUAAUGUUUUCAACAUUUUUGCCCACCUACUUCAGACAAGGAUAUACAAUAUCUAACUUUAAUUCUUUGGCAUACUGGAAAUAUAGACUUUAAAAGGCCGUUUAUGUCUCGAAAAAUACUGCAUUCCACUUCUUAGGCCGGUAUAAAUAGUCAGUACUCA